AAUAAAGAGGUACUGCAUUUCUUGUGUUUGACACCUGUAGGAAGGGAACGGCUUGUAGCUACAGGCUAAGGCUUGAGCUUUCUUCUAAAGGGGUGUGUGCGUGUGUGGGUACAUGCUUUCGAAACCACACACACAUAUUGUAUAAAUAUAUGCUGAUUGGAAAUAACCUUUUUUUCCUAUUUUAUUUUAGGGAUAAUGACUCUUCUUGCUCUCGCCUAAGUUGAAUAAGCACCUUGUGCACUUUAAUCUCCUGUCGUGCCAUCAGGCUGACUGAAGACAGUGUUUUGAAAUCUCAGCCGUAAAGACAUCCCGCCAAAGUCUCAAUCUUGCCUUAACCAUGUUCCAGAGACUGAAUAAAAUGUUUGUGGGUGAAGUCAGUACUUCUUCCAACCAAGAACCAGAAUUUAGUGAGAAAGAAGAUGAUGAAUGGAUUCUUGUUGACUUCAUAGACGCUUGCGCUGGUCUCUCAGCAGCGGGAGCCAAAGCCGAAGCCAUCAGUGAAGAGUCACGUACUGAGCACCCUCCAGUCUUUUCCUGUUUACCUGCAUCUCUUGAGUGCUUGGCUGAUACAACUGAUUCCUGCUUGCUCCAGUUUGAGUCCUGUCCGAUGGAGGAGAGCUGGUUUAUCACCCCUCCCCCGUGUUUUACUGCAGGUGGAUUAACUACUCUCAAGGUGGAAACCAGUCCUAUGGAAAACCUUCUCAUUGAACAUCCCAGCAUGUCUGUCUAUGCCGUGCAUAGCUCCUGCCCUGGUAUCGGUGAGGCCAGCUGUGGGACUGAUGAAUGUCCUGACCCAAGUAGCCCCAGGGUGGAGUCUCAGGAUGAAAUGGGGCAGCACAUCCAUUGCUACGUUGCAGCUCUUGCAGCUCAUACAGCUUUUCUGGAACAACCCAAGAGCUUUCGCCCUUCCCAGUGGAUAAAAGAACAUAGUGAAAGACAGUCUUUGAACAGAAAUAGCCUUCGUCGCCAAAAUCUUACCAGGGAUUGCCACUCUAGGCAAGUCAAGCACAAUGGCUGGGCUGUCCAUCAGCCCUGCCCCCGUCAGUACAAUUACUAAGAAUUUCAAGAUUGGUUGGAUUCUCUUGGUUUGUGCAUAUGUGUGUGGACGUGUGUGGACGGACAAUGAAGAUGCUGUUUCUUUACAGCCAACUGAUGACCAAUCACAUAGUUUUAUCGAUGUGUUUAGACACUAUCUUGAAAACCAGAUUUACAUGCUGUGUAUCACAUAAUGCCUUGCUUUUAACAUUUACGUUUUUGUAAAUUUUUUUCAGAGUAUUUUUGGAAACAUAUCAAUACAGUUACAGUGUUUGGUGUUUGGGGAUGUCUUUAAAUCUAUUAAGGUGUAUAGCAUUCUAAAGACAUUUCUUCCCAAGUAUGAGAAUAGGCAUCUUUCAAUUUCAUUUUAUUUUGUAUUACUUAAUCAAUAUUUUGAGUAAGCAAAAAUUUAUUCUCAGGGUCGGCCAUACACUUUAUUGACCAGUACUUGAUAAUCUUUUCUGUAUAUAACGAAUACAUUUUUAUACACUAACAUGAGCAUUAACAGGUGAUAGUUGCCAUGGAUACAAUGGAAUUAUGGCUGAACUUUCUCUUGAAAGAAAACUUGAUAUAUUUCUGUGUGUAUAGGUUUGGGUUUUUGUUUGUUUGUUUUUUUUUUUUUUUUUUCCGGAUUAGCCAUGCAGUUCAUUUUGGAAUUCAGGUACAUAUUAAGUGUUAGUGAACAGUGCAUUCGGUAAUUCCGACGUGAGUGUGUGACGUGGUACAGAGACAUUGCAAGUAUCGUGGGACAAAAGCACUCGUUUCCCACGCAGAGGGAUUCAAUUAGAUCUGUGAAAUUGUAUUUGGAAAAAUGUAUGUCUACAACUAACCCGUUAGUCCACUAUUUAACUCGUUUGGAGUCUUUCCUGUCAGCUGUCAACUCAGAAGUACUCAUCCGGGCACUUUAGUGACUUCUUACUGGUGACUGUCCAAGGCAAAAGAGGUAGGCUUCGUA